AUGGCCUCCGCCCCCCGCGUCGCGCGCAUAUGCGCCGUCGCCUGCCGCCGGGCGGUACCGCAAUUGGCCCAUCACCACAUGACGAGCAUUAACCGCACGAGGGCCGCUGCCGCAUUCAGCACGAGUUCGCCGCGCGCCGCCGAGCGCGCCUUUGACGGCGACGAGGGCGGAUAUAGCGCACCCGUCGAGCUCAAGGCGCUCAACAAGGCGUUUACGGACCGCGCCACCCCCGAGGGCCUACAGCAGCUCGACCGGCUUGCCAAGCUCAACGGCCACAACACCAUCGAGGCGUACCUCAACGACAAGCUGCGCUACACGCCGGGCUUCUCGACACAGGACAAGCUGCUGACGGACGAGCUGGUGCGGGACGACUCGGGCGGCCGGCCGGACCGCCGGGCGUUUUGGUACGACGAGGACGACCCGGACACGUUUACCGGGGAGCACGACGAGUUCAACGAGGACGACAUGAUGUCCAUGGCGCACAAUAAGCUGGAUGAAGUGCGGGAGAUGCGCCACUAUACGAGACUGGCCGUGUGGGAGAUGCCGCUCCUGUCGAAACUUGCGAAACCGUUUGAACUGCCCAAGACGGACCAGGUCCUGCGGUGGAGAUACACGACGUACAUGGGCGAGGCGCACCCGGCGGAGAGCAAGGUCGUGGUGCAGUUCACGCCGCCGGACCUGGGCCUGACGGACGUGCAGACGGACAAGCUGCGCAAGCUGGCGGGCGCGCGCCUCAACCCCGCGACCGACGUGGUCCAGAUGAGCUGCGGCCGGUACGAGCACCAGGCGCAGAACAAGCGGUCUCUGGAGCAGCUCGUGCAGGCGCUCAUCACCGCGGCCAAGGACCCGCGCGACACCUUUGCCGACGUCGCGCUCGACACGCGCCACUACUACCGCGCGCACAAGGCGCGCAAGACGCUCAAGAAGCCCAAGUUCCCGCCCGCGUGGCGCAUGACGCCGCGCCGGCAAAUAGAGCUGGCGGCGCAGCGCGCGCACACCGCCGUCGCCGAGGCGCGCCGCGCCGACAAGGGCUUGCUGGUCGACGGCCAGCGCACCAUCGACGGCUACCUCAUGCAGAGGCUGGCCGAGGAGCAGAAAAAGGUGGUCGCGACGGCGGAGGCGGAGGCGGUGCCUGUGCCGGUCGGUCGCGGCCCUGCCCGCGCCAGGAGAUGA